ACAAGAAUAGUUGAUAUUUUUGUAAAGGGGCAAACAAAAAGUCGGACCCAAUCCUCGUAAACUGUUGAUACUCCAGGACGCUUCUUGAGGCUAGCCCUGAAAGACUUUUUAAAGAUCCGAACUAGAUAUAAAAACGAAUGCUCUCAACUCAGUUUCCAUUCAUUGUCAAGGAUAUUCAGCGGUGCAGAGCAGUUUAUCCGUGGAGCGGAUUCAUUCACGUACUGCAGGGAAUUAAGUGGCUGUUUUUCUAGAGAUCGAAAACCAAUGUACACAACAAGCCGAAUCCACGAUACUUUAUUUUCUCUGUUGUGAAGAAUUCUACGUGCAGUUCUCUUUUAAGAUAAUUGUAUCUCCUGUUUUGGAAAUAACAUUGCUUCUCUUAUAGACUUCACUGGACCCAUCAAAGUGCUGAGGAGGGACCUACUUGUUAAGGUGAGCCCAGGAGAUGAGUUCUCUGGUCUACCCUAGCCGAAUCAUGAAAGACCGUGAGGCCAUUGCCAUUCUGCACUACCCAGGCUCAGGCAAGAUGAAUGGACAGUUCACUCAGACGGGGAUCCAUCCCUCAGUAACCGCCUCCUCGUCGCCCACCUCCAAACCCCAGCCCUUCAGCCUCCAGACAAGCCCUCACCUGCUAGCCAGCAUGCAGCUCCAGAAACUCAACAGCCACUACCACAACAUCGGCAAUGUAGCAGGGGACACCACUGCCCCACCUAGGACCUACGGCUCGCAGAGCCAGGGUGCCCUGUCCAACCCAGGGAGCACCAUCAUUGACUCGGACCCCGUGGAUGAAGAAGUCCUGAUGUCCCUGGUGGUGGAGUUGGGACUGGACCGCGCCAACGAGCUGCCGGAGCUGUGGCUCGGCCAGAAUGAGUUUGACUUUAUCUCGGACGUUUCCUCCAGCUGCUGAUUCUCCUCGCAUAGGAAAGAUCGUCUUGAGGGCAAUGGAGAAAGAAAUCGGGAGCCCCUGAUCUAGGCUUAACAUCUCAAACCCAGCUCUAUGGAAGUUGCAAUGUACAUGAAACAGACCAAUAUGUUUCUAUGUCUAUGAACUUGAGAUCUGUGUAAUAUCUUUCUAUAUGUCAUGUCUCUGAAAAAUCUCGCUUGAGGCUGCUUUCACUUCCCAGAAUCGCUCGCACUGCUGCAGCAGACGGGGGCAUUGUUGACCUGUAUUGGCAUCUGCCUAGAAGGCAACAAAUUGUGGUGUUCUAAAUCAAAUCUUAAAAUGGGUUAAGGAGAGCAGUUGUCUUAUUUUUUCUAAACUAAGUCUAGUGCUUAAUUAUAGACCGUUGUAAUGAAACGUUCACGGUUUCAUAUUGAGAGAAAUGUGUUUUAGCACUAAAAGGUGAACUUGUUUGUAGUUCAAUAAUAUUUGUUUUGAAUUUAAGUUUGGGAAGAUGGACACCAGAAAGAAAGUAUUUUGAUUCAUGCUAGUUUCUUUUAUAAUGUAUUGGUUUCUAUUCCAAAUGGAGUACAAGUUAAUUAAAACACAUGUGUUCUUGAUUCACUGUAGAUGGUAAAGCAAAGCUUCAUUGAAGAGUUUAAAUGCUGAAUGUGUAGACUUGUCAGCUUUCAUGGGAAUAUACCCCUCUCUCUCCCUGCUGUGUGAAACACUACCCUCUGGAGAUGAGUGGGUUAGAUGGCACUGAGGUAUAUGAAGGAAAAGGAGAUGUUGAAUUGGGCUACGUCUGCCAUUAAGCGAGGGAAUACCAAGCCUGGCAGAAUGACUUGCUGUGUAUGUGAUCAUGACAAAUGUCAUGAUGAAAAGAAGGAUCAUUGUGAAAUGCGGAGUAGGACCUGUAUUAAACUGGUGCUUAAACAUUGGAAUUGAAACCAUUUUUUUUUCUAUGCACAUCUAUACUGUAAUUGAGAGCAAAUAAUGCUCCUUGAUGCAUGUAAGAAUUUUGAUUAUAAAUAUCUAACACAGAAAUUUCACAGCCAUUUAUGCGGCAGUUUAGGACUUAAAUCCAAGGAAUCUGUUUUUGUUCUGAUCAGCAUUAGCUAUCGCCCCCCUUUUGUUAUGCUGAAGAUCUUUUUGGUUCUUUGCUUGUUUUGUAUGGUUCAGUAUAUGCAGAUUUAUUUUAAUCCAUCUUCACUUUUGGCAUAUUUUACAUUUUAUUAAAUGUGAAAUGUUCCAGCCUAGUAACAAAUGAAGCAAGAAAAAAGGCUAAUCGAGUACUUGGUUCUAUAGUUAAGUGUACAGUAUAGGUUCUGAAUGUAUAAUGCACCAGUUAGACCACACUUCAAAUCUCUUACUUGAAUUCUGGUCAUUGCAUUUAUAUAAAAAAUCGAAAUUGAAGCGGAGAGUAACCAGACUAAUCCCAGGGCUAAAAUAUGAGUUUUGAAGAUGAGAUGAAGGAACUGAAUCUAGCGUAUACACCAGGACCACAGGACAUUGUGAGGAGACCCUUUUCCACUGGCAGGUGUAUAACAUGGGUUAGCAAGCCAUAUUGCUGAAUAGGGUCUAUAAGAAACAGAUUGGACCGUUCUGGGAUCAGUCCAUACUAGGAACUGGAUGAGCACUGAUGGGCUGAGCAACCUCUUUCUGCUAUUUUACUUCUGUUCAUAAAGGCUACACAAUUAAACAACUGGUGCCUAAUCAACAACCUAUACAAUGUUAUUUGAAGAAAAAAAAAAAAAAAAAAAUCAAAGAACUAAAAUCUUUGGCAGAAUAAAAGUGGAUUAGUAACGUUAGUGCAAGUGAGGUACGACUUUAAAAAGCUUUAUCGCUCCGACUCGUAACUAACGCUUUAUAGUCACUGCACCAGCCCAUCUUCAUGCAGUAUUUAGAUACUCGAGACAAUGUUUCAGAGCACAGAUGUUUGCCUUGCCUAUCGGGUUGUCGAUGGCGCGAUGGAUGCUUGUGUAACCGAAUGGGAUUGCUUUCUAAUAAUUAAAUACGCAUCAUGUGAAACUGUGCUUCCAGUGAGUGCCUGCAUGGCAGGAACAAGACAGAGCUUGUGUCCAACCCAUACAGUCAAACCCCCCCUCCCCCCUGCUGGUUUUACACAGCGCAGGGAACUUUAUCUUAAUGACUUCUAAAUUAAUGAGGAUAGUGCCUGUCUCCCCUCCACCUGUCCCCAGGGCAUGGUUAAUUCAUAGGAAAGCUGUUUACUGAUAUGCUUUCUGUUCAGCCCAAGCCAGAAGUUUUCUUCAUGGAGUGUGUUUGGCUCUGGUGUACACAGUUUAAAGGCUUCAGACUGGUUUCUGUUACGGCGAUGAGGGCAUCUAGUUUCAAACCCCUUCCUUAUUGAUUUGGAAAAAUGAUUUUGUUUGGAAAAGUUUAAGUGUAUGUACCAAGUGAAGUAUAUAUUUUUUUGGUUAAAUGUAUCUCUUGUUUUUUGCACUUAUUUUCCCUUGUACUGAAGACUGUACAUUCUUGGAUAUUAUGUAAAUAUCUAUUUUUGUUCUGCAUUAAUGCAAAAUAAAACUACACUUAUUCCA